AUGGAUAAGUCAUUGAUGGAAGAGAAGAGAGAAACCCCACAAUUCGUAGAAGGAUUUAAUAACUUUUUAGAGUUUACCCUAAAGAAUUGUAGUGAUCCUGAAAAAAUUCGUUGUCCAUGUAUCGAUUGUGGUAUUAUAUCAAAAGGAAAUAUUAGCAUGUUAAAGAAUCAUGUAUUUUGUCGUGGAAUCGAUAAAAGUUAUACUAAAUGGUAUUGGCAUGGGGAAUCGAUGAAGGGAGACCCAUAUCCGUUAGAAUUGCUUGAUGAUGCUCAAGAAGAGUUUAUUCAUUAUCCUGAAAAUUUUGAUAGCAUGGUUAGAGAUGCAGAUAAGUCGUUAUUUAGUGGUUGUGAAAAACGCCGACUAUCAACUAUGGUGAAAUUUUAUAACAUAAAGGCGGAGAAUGGAGUAAGUGAUAAGUGUUUUAGUCAAUUUCUAUCUGCUUUUAAAGAGAUCCUGCCGAUGGAAAAUUGCUUUCCAGAGUCGACAUAUGAGGUGAAGAAAACUUUAAGUUCGAUAGGGUUGAAGUAUGAGAAGAUUCAUGCAUGUCCAAAUGAUUGCAUUUUGUAUCGUAAAGAGCAUGCCCACGUGGACACUUGUUCGGAAUGUGGUUUGCCACGGUACAAGCCCAACAAGCGUAAGGAGAUCCAAAAACUUAUUCCAGAGAAAGUCUCGUGGUACUUGCCUUUAAUUCCGCGACUCAAGCGGUUCUAUCGAAGUGCAAAAACUUCUGAAAACUUAUUAUGGCACGAGAAAAGGCGAGUGAAAGAUGGUAAACUCCGACAUCCUGCUGAUUCACAGGCUUGGAAAAAAGUAAAUUAUUUGAAUCCAAACUUCGCAGCUGAACCAAGACAUCUACGGCUUGGUCUAUCAGCCGAUGGAGUAAAUCCACAUAGAUCUCUUAGCAGCCGACAUAGUUCAUGGCCUGUGUUCCUUGUUAUGUACAACCUUCCUCCUUGGUUGUUGUACGAAGAUGGUGCUGAUGGAUACGAUGGUUUUAAGAAACAAGUUUUUAAGUUGAAGGUUGUGCUGUUGUGGACUGUUAGUGAUUUCCCUGCGUAUAGUAAUCUAUCAGGGUUGAGCACAAAAGGCUAUGAAGGUAGUCCUAUUUGUUGUACCAAUACACGAGCUCGUCGGUUGUCAAAUGGACGCAAAAUGUGUUACAUGGGCCAUAGACGAUAUUUGCCAAUAAGUCACCCUGACAGAAAUAAAAAACAAGCAUUUGACGGUACUGUAGAACGAGAAGUUGCACCUUUGCCACUUUCAGGGCGACAAAUUCUUGAAGAAGUUGAGAAAAUAGAUUUCAAGUAUGGAAGGACAUUGUUUGGUUUAGAUGUCAUGCACAUAGAAAAGAAUGUGUGUGAAAGCAUUGGCGGUACGUUACUUGACAUCCCUGGUAAAAGUAAAGAUGGUUUGUAUAGUCGUUUAGACCUUGUUGAGUUGGGUAUAAGACACAGUUUGGCACCUGUGGAUAAAGGCAAACGUACAUAUUUACCUCCUAAAGCUUUCACAUUGUCUAAAGAAGAGAAACAAGCCGUAUGCAACUCAUUUUCAAAGAUGAAAGUGCCUGAUGGGUAUUCAUCUAACGUUCGAAACUUAGUGUGUAUGGAAGAAUUAAAGUUAAUGGGUAUGAAAUCGCAUGAUUGUCACACGUUAAUGCAACAAUUACUUCCAAUUGCCAUUCGAUCAGUCUUACCUAAAAAAGUUCGACAAACUUUGACAAAGGUUUUCAUAUUCUUUAAUCAAUUGUGUGGGAAAGAAUUAGAAAUGAAGAAAUUGAAUUCAUUGCAUGAUGACAUAGUUAAAACUCUAUGCAAUCUUGAAAAAUAUUUCCCUCCAUCAUUCUUUGACAUCAUGAUACAUUUGAUGGUCCAUCUAGUAAGAGAAGCGAAGUUGUGUGGGCCAGUUUGGGCGAGAUGGAUGUAUCCAUUUGAAGGAAAUAUGAAGAGGAGGCAGUGGAAUUUUGUACGGAGUACAUAG